AUGGCGAUAUGCCGUUGGGCAGGAUACCCAAACCUUUUUAUAACAUUCACAUGCAACGCAAAGUGGCCAGAAAUCCAGUAUAUGCUAGAUGAAAUAGGAAGCAAACAAAAACCAGCAGAUCGACCAGAAAUUAUAGACCGAGUCUUCAUGAUAAAACUAAGAGAGCUACUAGGAGACAUAGUGGAAGGAAAACACUUCGGAGAAACUACAUCAGUUCUCUACACAAUAGAGUUCCAGAAAAGAGGACUCCCGCACGCCCACAUAUUGGUAUUUCUUAAAGACAAGAGAAAGUUCUAUGAUCCAACACACAUCGAUGAUAUAAUAUGUGCUGAAAUCCCAGACAAGAAUGAAGACCCAAAAGCCUAUGCAGCUGUUGAGAAUUUCAUGAUGCAUGGCCCAUGUGGAGAAGCAAACCCAAAUUCUUCAUGUAUGAUGGACAGUAGAUGCAACAAGUACUUUCCAAAAAGAUACAACUCAGAUACUACAAUCGAUGAAGAUGGUUUUCCAAUAUACAAGAGGCAAGACAAUGGGAGAGAAAUCAAAAAAGGAAAUACAACACUAGACAACAGAUUUGUCGUGCCCUACAACAGGAAUCUGUUGGUCAAGUUUCAAGCUCACAUAAAUGUCGAGUGGUGCAAUAGGUCUAGGUUGAUCAAAUACUUAUUCAAGUACAUUCACAAAGGCGAUGACUAUGUAGUAGGACUAAUAAAGAAAAAGGACAAAUCGAACAAUGAAAUUGACGAGAUUAAGAAAUACCUACAAAUGAGAUACAUAUCAACAACUAAAGCAUGUUGGCGGCUAUUCCAGUUUGAACUAAGUUAUCGAGAUCCACCUGUUGAGAGGCUAAAUUUUCAUCUAGAGAAUAAGCAACAAGUUAUUUUUCCAGAUUCGACUGAUAUUGAUAAGAUACUAAGAAAGGAGGCAGUGAAGAAAACUAAAUUUACUGAAUGGAUGGAGGCGAACAAGGAGUACGAAGAAGCAAGAAGAUUAACAUAUGCAGAUUUCCCUACUAAAUGGGUCUGGAUCGCUAAAGAUAACAAAUGGAAAAAGAGGAAAAAAGGAUAUGCAAUCGGAAGGAUAUACUAUGCACAUCCUGCAAGUGCAGAAAGAUACUAUCUCAGGAUGCUACUAAACACUGUCAAAGGAUGCAAAACAUAUGCGAACAUAAGAACAAUAAAUGGAGUUAUUCAUCCAACAUUUAAAUCAGCAUGCCAGGCGAUGGGAUUCCUUGAUGAUGACAAAGAAUGGAUAGAAUGCAUCAAUGAGGUAGCUAACUGGGCAACAGGAACACAGCUACGCAAGCUAUUCACCACCAUAUUAUCCCACUGUGAAGUUACUGAACCCAAAAGACUAUGGGAGUCUACUUGGGAAGCUUUGUCCGAAGACAUCCAACACAAGAGAAGACUAAUCCUAAAUUUUCCAACACUGCAACUGAAAGAAUCCCAAAAGAAAUCAUAUACUUUGAUCAAAAUAGAGAAAAUAAUGCGACAAGCAGGAAAGUCACUAAAGGACUACUCAGGAAUAGAACUGCCAAACGCAGAUGAGCUAGAACAACUUGGGAAUCGAUUGAUAAACGAAGAGCUUAACUACGACAGGGACCUCUUGAAGAAUGAGCAUCUCAACAUACUCAACAAUCUAAAUCCUGAACAGAAAAAAGCAUACGAUGGAAUCAAUCGACAAUAA